CCCUGUCACGAAUUCGGUUUGGUCGAUUGCUUUGCUUUGGGUUUUUGUGUUGUGUCUGUGUGUGUUCUUAUUUUGACAGCUUUCAUGUGCGCGCCGUUUCACUCGGGUGCUCCUCCCUUCACUCAUCAUUCUCACCUGCGCCCGCACCUGAUGAGUUGUCUUCACGUUGGUUACGAUCAGCGAUCUCAUCACCCUGUCUACGCGCAGCGGAGCUCGUCACAGUUGGAAGCUAGCGAGUGUCAGAAAUCAAGCAUCACCGCGCUGUCCAUUCGCCUGUCAGCAACAGCAGAGAUUUUUUCACCCUGUCACCAAGCAGUGGAUACGAUUUUGCAGAGAUAUUUUUCACCCUGUCACCAAGCAGCGGAUACGUUCCUGAUUCAGCAGAGAUUUUUUCACCCUGUCACCAAGCAGUGGAUACGUACACGAUCUUGCAGAGAGAUUUUUCACCCUGUCUUCAAGCAGCGGAUACAUUCACAUCUGAGCUCUCCAGCUAGACUCUUUAUACAUUUUUCACCCUGCUCUUUCAGCAGCGGAUCUCCUCUCUCUCUCUGUUUUGGUGACUCAUUAAACACAUUGCAAUUGGAUCCUUGUCUGUUGUUAUUUCCUGACAGACGGACUCGCCAAAUAUGGAUCCAGCAGAUGUGGAUACGGUACGGAAUGCACUCGCACAACAAGGAGCUUGGCUGGGACAGCAGGAUUCCCAGCUUUCUGCCACCACUCGAGAGGUUGAGGGUCUCACUGCCAGGCUUACAGAAUUAACCACCCAGAUGGAUCGACUGCGGCUGGAGUCUCGCCGUUCUAAUGAAUCAGAACCUCACAUCACUAAUCCUCCCACUUAUGAUGGUGACCCAGGUUCGUGUCGUUCCUUCCUAUCUCAAUGUUCUCUUGUGUUUUCUCUGCAGCCACGAAGAUUCACUGCCGAAAAUACUCGUGUGGCUUUUGUCAUCACUCUUCUUACCGGAAGAGCUAGAGAAUGGGCAACGGCAGUAUGGGACACUCAGUCUCCGUGCUGUCACUCAUUCGAGGACUUUAAGACGGAGAUGAUGAGACUUUUCGAUCGGUCAGCACAGGGGGAGGCGGCUGCAGCCCGGUUGAUUCGGUUGAAGCAAGGUGACCGAACAGUCACGGAUUUCUCUGUGGAGUUUCAGACAUUAUCUACUGCGUGUGGUUGGAACGAUGCGGCUCUACGGGCACAAUUUUUGGAAGGAUUACGAGACGAUAUCCAGGAUGAGAUUACCGUUCACGAGAUUCCUCGCACUUUGGAUUCACUGGUUGAGCUGGCUCUUCGCAUUGAGAGUCGUAUGUUGUAUCGCAGCCAGCGCCAGUCACUUCGUCACCGGGUUUUUUCUGAUGAGACCGUUACUUCUGUUUCUCAUUCUAACCCUGUUAAUCCU